AUUGCUGUUCCGGAUUUGGUGGAGUCGUGUGAGGAGGCGAACAUUUUAAUCUUUGUUGUACCUCACCAGUUUGUCAGAAAAAUUUGUCAUCAACUUGAAGGCAAAAUUGGCUCGGAUGUGCAAGCCAUCUCGCUGAUAAAGGGCAUUGCUGCAAAACCUGAUCCACGAGAAAAGGGUCUGGCGGCACCAUACGCCGAGAAGCUCGGUGGCGUUAAAUUGAUCUCGGAUGAAAUUAAAGGAAAUACUAAAUAUUGA